UCAAACACCACCAAUUUUUCUUUGCCGUCGUCGUCGUCGCUCAGUUUUUAUUCAAGAUGGCGACUGCACGGGACAGCGAUAUAAGUUUGUGGCUUCACAAUAAGCUCGGUACGUCGAACGACUCGUGGAUAAGCGGCUCAAUCAUAUCACAGCUGAACAAGGAAGUCCUGCGGAACAUUAAGGAGUGCUUUUCGGACCUGCAGACGCAGGUGAAGCUGAAGCUGCUGCUCAGUUUCUUCCACAUCCCGCGGAGGAUCGUCGAAGAGUGGAAAACCGAACUUGAGGAGGUGAUUGAGGUCGCGGGCCUCGACUCGGAACUAUGGGUGUCGAUGAUUGCGGAAACGAUCAAGACGCUACCGACGACCGGUUCGCUCAACACAGAGAUCUCGGACUACGAGGAAACGCGACCGAUCUUCACGGAUAUGGUGAACGAGCUGCGUCGGCUGGUGGUCAAGAACGCCGACCUGGGGCUGCUUCCGCUCGAGUGUCAGUAUUUGAACAAGGCCGCGCUAGUUUCGGUGGUCGGCCAGCAGGCUACUCCGGUGAAGCAUUUCACACUGAAACGCAAACCCAAAAGUGCAAAUCUGCGGGCUGAGCUGCUCCAGAAGUCGUCCGACGCGCAGAGCUGCUUGAAGAAGAUUUCCGCGCCGACAGUGCCUUUGAGGUCGCGAGGAAUUCCACGCAAAAUGACCGACACCACUCCGCUAAAGGGAAUUCCGUCAAGAGUUCCGACGGGAGGUUUCCGAUCGCCACCAUCGUCGCAAGGUCCGAACAGACCUUGUCUCAGCCGGACACCUGCAGGCAGGAAAGAGGGUGGCGUCAAACUACUCGAAAUCGGCGAACAACCGCUCGGAUAUGCCGCGGCGAAGAAACGGAAGCGAGAACAGGAGAAGGAGGAGCAGCAGAAGAAGGCUGCCGAGCAGGCGACUGCCCAGGCUACCCAAGAUGUGAAGCCCGUGGUGUCGACACCGACUACGCCUACGGUGACCACCACUACGCCGGACUAUGCCGCUGGUCUUACGGCAAGCACCGUGUACAGUCAACCGGCGACGCCGAUGCCAACUACCGCGAUUAAGGAAGCGGUCGUGUCAACCGGAGCAGUUCAACAACCGUUGCAGGUUCAACAGCAGCAGCAGCUGCAACAGCCGAUGGAGAUCAAGCAGGAAAUCAAGCAAGAAACGAUGACCGUUCAAACCAUUCCCGCCGCACCGAUCGUCGCCUCCAUACAACAGCAGACGAGUGUGCCUCCGGUGCCACCUUUAGCGUACACGACUCCCCAACCGCAGAAGACCAUCACGAUCAAGACGGAACCGGGCACGUCGCUUCCGAUGUCCGUUUCCAACAAUCCACCUUCGCUGGUUCGAUCCGUUACGCUCCCAACGGCCACCCAAAUCAAAACUCAACCGCAACAGCUUCCGACGGUGCCCGGCACAGUACAAAUGAUUCAAACCAGUGCAAGUGGGCAGACGACGUUGGUCAACAAGGCACCCAAGAUCGAAAUCAUUUCGUCGAAAACCAUUCAACCGGGCACGAUACAGGCUUCGAUUCCAAAGUCAACCACGAUUAUCAAUCAGGGUGGAAACAUUCUGUUCACCACCAAGCAGCUCAACCCGAGCACGAGUACGGCGCCGAAUGCCGGAACGACCAUCAUCCAGCAGAAACCUGGCCUCCAAUCGUACGUGCUAAACACGUCCCCGCCGGGAAAGCAAAUCAACAUCCAGCGGAUAAUAACGAACGCAAAUGCUACCGGAACGCCCACCCUCACGACCACCAUCUCUCGCGCUCAGCACCAGCAGCAGCUUAUCCAGGCCCAGCAGCAGCAGAUUCAGUCGCAAAACCAAAACCAGGUCCAGCAGCCAUCGACGCCGACGCGAAUCGUACAAAUCAAAACCGCUCCCACGGUUUCGCUCAGCAACAACCAGCUGAUGCAGAACAUCCCGCCGCUCAUCUCAACGGCGGCCCAGCCCACGAUCCUCAACAUCCAAUCGUUGCAACAGCAGCAGCAGCAACAACAACAGCAAGUUCAAAUCCAGCAGCAACCGACAACGCCCCAGAAGCGAACCAUUACGAUCACGGCGCAAAAUCCGCAAAACACCAACAUGAUCAACACCUCGGUCGCGCAGAUUCUUCAGCAGCAACAACUUCAACAGCAGCAGCAAACCAUUCAAACCACUUCCAUCGUUACGGGCACUUCGCAGCAGCCGAAAUACGCCCAGGUGGUCAUGUCGCCAAACGUGAAGGGAAAGACCAUCUUCCUGACCAACUCUUCGCAAAUCCCGAACGUGCUGAACCAGAAGGGAGUCAUCCUGCGUACCGUAGACCCGUCGGGAAAUACAGUCUACCAGCAGAUUCCGCUUCAGAACGUGUCCGGUUUGAGCGGAGCCACCAUUCUCACCAGCGGAGGUCCCCCGGGUCUGGUCAAGAGCGAACCGGACGUGAAACCCCAGUUAAGCCAAAUCCCGGCCCUGGUCCCGACGAGUUCCCUGCACCAAAACAUCCCGGCUCUCACCCCCGUUGUCAUUCAGUCAUCGCAGCAGCAGCAACAAGUGCAGCAGCAAACUUCGACGAUUCCGGCACUCAUCACAAACAUCUCUCAGCAGGGCGGCCAACAGCAGCAGGCCCAGCAGAUCAAGACCUCCCCGCAGACGAUGACAAUCAUCCGGCCGGUCGGCGGUGGCAACAACGUUACGCAAACCGUGCUGCCCCAGGGUCUUACGCUUAUUCAACGGCCCGGCCAGCAGCCCCAGCUCGUGCAGACGAUCCAGGCCAACCAGGCCCAGACCGUGGGACAGCAGGGCCAGACUCGGACCAUCAUUACCCAGAGCGCCCAACAAUCUCAGCUGCAGCAGCAGCAGCAACAGCACACGAUACAGUUCCAGGCUGCGGGUACGACGCGGACCGGCGGAACCACCAUCCAGCUGGUUCAACAACCGCAGCAAGAACGUGUCAUCGGGCAGCAACCGCAGCAGAUCCAAAUCCAGCGAACGCAAAUUGCCCAACAGCAGCAACAGGGCACCACGGUCACCAUUCAGCAGCAGCUCAACGCGACCGCUGCCGGACAACAGCAGCCACAGCAGCAGGGUGCCCGGAAGGGACUGUCCUUGUCGAACAAGCACGUCAUGGAGGCGCACGACAUGUUCAAGCGGGCUAACCGCGUGUCGCGUCUCGAGAAGGCGCUCAUCAUUGGCUUCAUGGCGGGCUACCGGGACAACCCGCGACCCAACCCGGAGAACGUCGUUACCAUCAAGCUGAACGAGAGUACGGAAAAAGUCCUCCAAGCGGACGACACGCACGCCCUCAUGCUGGUGGAAUCGCUCAUCACGCUCGACUACAACACCGGCGAGUGGAAAACGUUCCGCAAGUACCGCGAGCUGGACCCCUCGCAGCAGAACGAAGCGGGGACGGCCGCCACCGGUGGGCAGCCGGGUUCAACCGCCCAGCAGAACUCGGUGGUUAUUUAAUAUUUAGCCUAGCAGCAACAGCAGAGUGGCAAGCAUCGUGAUAGUAAGCGGAAAGCGCCAGCUGGCAAGGCUUGCGAAGUUAGGAUUAAGCGGGAAAGAGAGUGAAUGUGGGACGAUGUGUGCUUUGUACAUGGUUUACGUUGAAUAUUUUAUAACAUACAAUAAUCCUUUGUUGUUGUCUUGCUAUAUAUCGAUGGCAUAUAAGCAAAAUUGUGCAAAAUAUAUAUUUUCAUCUCAUGAAAUAAAACCUAUCCUGUAAAGGACAUUAAGAACUAUGCUUAUAGAAUAUACAAUGACAAACAAUAAGGCAUAUUUCAUAGAAUACCUGUCACGCGACAAUUUGCAUGACGCUGCAGAAGGUCGACAAACACACACACACAUACGCAAGCGAUAAUAAAAGUUACACUCAAAAUUAAACCAACAAACCCUAUUGCGUACAUCAUUCGAUAGCAGUUUUGCGUAGAGUACAUGGUACGUACGCACUAGAAUCCCAUUUUGAAACUUAUUAUUAAAAACACAUACGACUUGAAUCUGACAGAAGCCGAAGGAUUACAUUUUGAGGGCACUUGUUAUAAUGGAAAGUAGUCAGUGACUGGAACAUCAUCUAUCAAUGGAUUAAAACGCUUGUGAAUUUACAAACCAGCGCGAAACCGGCUUGUGCAUAUUGUAUGUAUUUGAUGGGAGUGUGUGGUUACACGCGAAUCGCAGCCUCCCCGUAGGUCUUACGUUAGUUGAAUAUUGAGUUAAGCUGUAAAAUUAAAAUUAUUCUAAAGAAGAAAAAAACAUGAAAAUUAUAAUAAGUUUAUGAUAGGCUGAAAGUAUCAUGAAUGUGUAUAUUCCAAACGCAGCAUAAAAAUAGUGCAAGAAAAAAAAA